AUGCCCAUAUUCUUCCUCGAGACAUUCCCACGCAUCCAACUCCGCACAUUCUCACCAUGCUUCCCGACGAACACUAUUUCACCCCGCAUCGCAUCGUCGCCCGUCUCCAACAUCUCCUCCAACAAUGCGCCAACCCGGAACUUGUCAACUGGACUGUAA